UUGUCUUCAACCUUUUAGUGAGGAGCUCCACUCAUCCACUCACCCACUCAUCUCUCAGACACUCAGGUAGGUGACCCUGUGGAGGCACCAGCAUAUCAUCCAGAUUAUUUAGUAAAGAGUUUGAUAAAAAAAACAUAGGCAUUUAAAACUUCAAACAGCUUUCUGGAGUUUCACAGCCUUUAUUGCUUGAUUGGAUCUGACUUCUAUAAGUACGAGAGGUUGAGGUUUUAUCUGUCAUAAUGGAGGAUUCAGAGCAGUCUCACUGGGUUUCUCCGGCUCUGCUCAGCUCAGAUCCUCUGGCCGGUUUCUCCUCUGAGCCGGGCCUCUUACAUCCAGGAGAAGAUGGGGAGGCCUUCUUCUCCGGCCAGGAACCAGACUACUCCGGCCUGCCUUCCUUCUUCCCCACCCCGAGCCACAGUCGAGCGCCUCCCAACUACAGACACAGCUCGGUCCGACAGGUGUUUUCCUCUCCGAGCCUCCUGGGUAACCUCCAGCUGCUGGAUGGGGCCGGCAGCAGCCACUCCCCCUACAACCCCCCGGGAUCCUCCUGGAGCAGCAGCCCGCUCUCUAAGAUCCCGCUGCACUCCCACGUCCCCACCUCCGUCUACACCCCCUGCCUCACCUCUUCCUUCACCACCUCCAGGGACGGAUACGGGUCCCCGGGCAGAGAGGGCAGGGAGAGUCCCCGGCUCCAGGAGGCCAUGAAAGCCGAGCGCCUGAGCCCGCUCGGGGGGUUGGGGGUCAGCAGCAGCUUUCUGAAUCUAACUCCUGCUGCUGGGAGUGUGUACACUUCAUCAUCACACACACACAUGCUGAGUCCCUACAGCUCGUACAUGACCGGUCCGCAGGAUUACAACUCUGCAGGGCUUUACUCUGGACCAGGGGCCUGGAUCAACCCCUCCUUUUCCCCGAAACUCCGCAACAAGAUGAGGAUAUCCACUCCAGAGGCCAGGGAGUGUGUUAACUGUGGAGCCACAGCCACCCCUCUGUGGCGCCGGGAUGGUACAGGCCACUACCUGUGCAACGCCUGUGGACUGUACCACAAGAUGAAUGGCCAAAACAGACCCCUGAUCCGCCCCAAAAAGAGACUGAUUGUCAGCAAGCGGGCAGGUACAGUGUGUGCCAACUGUCACACAAGCACAACAACACUGUGGAGGCGCAACGCCUGUGGAGAGCCUGUGUGUAACGCCUGUGGACUCUACUUCAAACUGCACAAUGUCAACCGGCCUCUCGCCAUGAAGAAGGAGGGCAUCCAGACGCGCAACAGGAAGGUGUCCAACAAGAACAAGAAGAGCAAGAAGGCGGCCAUGUUUGAGUCGUACUCCGAUGGGCCUCAGCCCCCCUCCAUGGACGACAACUGCGGUCCAUACUCCCUCGGCCCCGGUUCCCUCCUCACCUACAGCCACACACCCCACCUCAUGCAAACACCUCCACCGCUGCACCCCUCACACUCAUUACAGUACACACACCACCUCAACAAUGGUAUGAUGCCCGCAAUGGUGUAGAAACAGGCCCCUGGGAGCAGUAAUAUUUUGAGCAAGUGGCCAGUUAUUUGUGUGAAUUUGUACAUAUACGUUUCUACAGUGGUUGUGAAGUUUUCUGUUUAUUUUUCAUUGUAUUGUAUUUGUUUUUAUCUGAUGAUGUAAUUUGAAGUCAGAUACGAUCACUCUACGGAAGUUGCUGCACGUGUAAACACACUGAUAAGGGAAUUAAGUCAACUGUAAAUACAAAUGUACUUAUGCCCUCUUUGAUUAUUAUUAAUGACAUUAAGUUUUGUGUUUGUUCUGUAUCCAUGAAUCUAUAACUCGUCAGAGGAAAUAAAAAACGUGUGACUUA